CUGAGACCUCCCAAGAGAUUCAGUGAAACGCGCAACACGCGACGACAUCUCAAAGAAGAUUAGAUCCAAGCUUAAACUUAAACCAAUCUAAAGCUAAUCCAAGGUCACUCGAGAGGCAGCCUUGGGGUAGGAGCAGAAACAGGGGGGCAGGAGCAGCCAAUGCAACCUGCACAGACAUCAUUAGAAGUGAACGCCAACCACACAAAAUGCUGAUACUGCUGCCAUUGCUAGGGAUAUUUGGCAAUGGUCUCGUUGCCGGAGUCGAGGCGAGCCUGAGUCUGGGCUUUAAGGCCAUCAAAUUGCCCCGACAUCCGAAUCCGGCCAAUUGCAGUGUUGGCAACACAACAUUCGCACAUGGAGUCACAUUUAAAUUGGAUUGUAAAACCCAAUGCGUUUGCGAGAAUGGCCGCCACGCCUGCUCGACGCUUUGUCCCAACGAGCAGCUGCCGGCGCCGGAGGACACCAUUUCCUGCCGAUCGCCGCGCCUCGUCGAGGUGCCCGGCCACUGCUGCAAGAUGUGGCUCUGUGAGAAUCCAACAGCUGACGUUUACGCCACCUGCCACAACAGCACCACCAGCGGCAACUGGACCGCCUGCAGCCGGGGCUGUGGCCUGGGCACGGCCACCAGGCAGACCAGCACCCCCCACGCGGGCUGCCAUCAAUUGAGCAAUUUGCGGCUCUGCGAGAAUCGUAGGUGUGACGGCGACCACAACGAGGCGGCUACUGCUGCUGGUUCUUCUGUUGCCGCUGAAGAGGACAAUAGGCGGAGGAGUAGCAGCCACUCAUUAACAAAGAGAAGGAAACACCAUGUGGAGGGCCAUGCCAACUCGCAUUCCCACACCCAUCAUCAUCACAAUAGAGAGCACCAGGAGCCAGCCCAUAGGAUACGAAAGGGCCAUGAGUGCCGCAGCAUACAGCGCCUGGGGCCGGCCAGGAUCCGUUUGGGGGAGUGCGUCUCCCGUAAGCUCUAUCGACCGAAGCUAUGCGGACGCUGCCAUCGCGGACUCAAGUGCUGUGCCCCGUCGGUGUCCACCACGAUACAGGUCGAGCUGUUGUGUCCCUUAAAUGCUGUCGAUCCAAUUAACUACGUACAACAGCGGGUCCUGGCCAGACAAAAGCAAAAGAAGAAGGACGAGGACGAUGACGACGACGACGACGACGUAGUUGAGGAUGAGUACGAGCAGGAGCAUUCACUGGAGCCCGAGGACGGGGUGGACUGGACGCCGGAGCAGCAAAGUGCACAGUUAUGGGAUACCGUAGCCCUGGAACCAAUCGAUCAGGAAUUCCUGCAAUCACAUCAGAUACAAAUUGAGAAUAAAUUCAUUGCCGUCGAAUGGAUACUGAAAUGUGAAUGCAGCAAGAAUCAUUGCAAUGGUGACAGGAGCAACAUCAGCAGUAACAUCCCCCAUGACAACAUGUCUAACACGAAUAAAUAUGGUUAUAACAAUUACAAAAACCAUAUUAAUGAAGGCCAACAGAAACCGGUGCCGAGGCCGAGGCAGAUGCAGCGGCAGCGGCACAACCACGAAAAUAAUGGCGAGCCAAAUGAGCAAACCAACAACGACGACAACGAUGCGACAGCGGAUGUGGCUAACAGCAACAUGGAUAUAGACCACAACGAUAUAGACAACUCUUCCUCGGAACAACAGCCUGAUAUUAUACCCUAUCCGUUGAGCGUGGGCGAGACCAGUUGGAAGACCGCUAAACUACGUCAAAAGCAGCAGCAGCAAAAUGAACAGAAGCAACAUCAGCAACACUGGCAACAUUUCACAUAGCCCGAACAUAAAUCUCACUUGCGAUAGAAGAAAAGUCGAUCGGGAAAGGCCAGGGAAGGAAAGAAAUCAGUAGGAGCCUCUGGUUAAAGGAUGAGGAGGAACCUCUGGUUAAAGCAGAAGUAGGAAUGGGAUCAGAAGGUGUAGGUUUGGGGAGAGUAGAGUUUAAGAUUUGUACAGCAUAGCGAUACUUAAAAAGACCAUUCCCAAUGGAUGGAUCGAUAGAUGGAUGGAUGGAUGGAUGGCUGGAUGGAUGUAAUGGAUGGAUGGUGAUGAUUGUAAAGAGUACGAAUACGCGAGUGGAGUGGAAAUUCGAUGGUGAUGCAAGUUAUACUUAGGAUUUGAACAUAUCGAGGCCGUAAGUUUGGGUAUGUGAAUGAUAGGGAUAAUCGAAACCCAAGGGCAGAAUAUACACCGCAAGACAAGACAAAACAAAACAAAGCAAAAAUGAAACACUAGUCAAAUAUUUCCAAAUAUUUUUGCAAGCAUCUAAGAAAGGCAAAGACGCAAAUAAGAAUAUUUCCCCGAUAUAAUAAUAACCUACUUAUACACAUACAUACAUACAUAUGUACUUAGCAAUAUUAAUUUUUUUUUAAUAGAUGUAAAUGGCUUGAACAAUUUGAGAAGCAAAGCGUAUUUUGGUCUAAAUUGCCGACAGGGGAAUGGGAACGGGAACGGACGGUACCAAAAAUCCAUAAACCCUGGAAAGCAACUUACUGCUAAUUCGUGUGCAUUCAAGUUAUAACUGUGCUAUAUACUCACUUGUAUUCAGAUCUACACGUAAGCCCUAUCUAUAAAUGUGUAAGACUCUGCUUGAGGAGGACAUAUGUAAGCUUAACAAAGAAUUUAGAUGGCUACAAUAAAUGAAUGUAAAUUAAUAGCCAGGGUGCUGGCUGCGGAGGAGGCAUCUCCAUGGCGACCACCCUGGCCAUAGUUCCCUCUUACUAGUCCCACGAACCAGACAUACAUAUCCCCUGGAUUAUCCCCUGAUUUAAGUCAUUUAAUGAACGCAGCUUAUCCACCACACCCAUAGCCAUAUCAAUUGUACGAGUAUCGAUGUAAGUUUCAGACUAAAGUCAACUCUUAGCUAGCAUCGGAGCUGUACGGCCAUCCGUGCGAGGCCCGAGAAAUGCAAACGAUAUACACAUAAAAUAAAUGCGAAAUUUAAUGAAACGUA